CCUGGUUGUUUGGCCGUCACAGCGAUACCAACGAUACAGACAAGUGCAAAGAGUGUGCUUCAUCUGUAAAGUCUGACGUCAAGAAUGGACAAAACAACUUUUCAAAAUCAGCUGAACAAAGUGAUCAGUGUGUGUACAGGAUUUCUGUGACGACGAUGGACAGGAAAGGCCCAGGGACUGAUUCCAGUGUAAUAUGUAUCCUGUUUAACGAUGCCGGCCAAUCGUCCAAUCAGAUUGUUUUAGAUGCAUUUCUGAAAAAUGAUUUUGAAAGAGGCAAGACGGAUGAAUUUCAGAUAACUUCCAGUUUUCUAGAACAAGUAGACACGAUAGAAGUAUGGCAAGAGUAUGAGCCGUUCUCGACAAAUGAAUGGUUUGUAGAAGUUAUAAAGGUGUUCUGCGAGCCAUCUAACAAGACGUUUGUGUUCCCGUUUCUACGUUGGAUAAAGGGGAAUUGUCAUUAUAAAAUUCGCCAUCUUGACACGUCACUUCCGAAAGAUGACCCUAACAAGGAACAGCGUCGUAUGGAGCUAAAUGAAGAAAAAGCGAAUUACCAAAUGGAGGUCAAGAUUCCAGGACUUCCGAUACAGGUAGUAACUGACCCUGAAAAUGGAGGUCAAGAUUCCAGGACUUCCGGUACAGGUAGUAACUGGCCCUCCAAACGGAGGUUAAUAUUCCAGGGCUUCAGAUACAGGUAG